AUGGCGGCCUCAAAUUUUAUGAAUUAUCUCGCAGUAGGUUUCGCAUUGUUAGAGAGUGUCACCUGUAAUGGACUGUAUCUCGGCUGGGGAAUGAUGUCGGCGAUCUUUAAGAAGGGAGAUUACUUUGCAGACAAAUGCAUUGAUGUCGGAGAAGAGCUCAACAACCCUUUGAACUCAAAUUCAACUCGUGAUUGCUCCGAACGAGACAAAUUAUUCAACGAUGUUUAUUUUUUGUCCGUUGUUGCGUACAAUGUUGGGGUCUUCAUCUUCGGAAUUAUCAGUGACAAACUUGGGCUCGUAUUUCUUCGGGGCUCUGGAAUCAUCGUUUAUGGAAUUGGUCUUGGUUUGAUGUGCUUUCUUGACACUGAUAACAGCCUGAUUUGGAUUGCUUGGCCUGCGCUAGCUACAGGCGGCUCCUUGAACCACAUUGGAAAUGUUCAAACAACCCGCACGCUUCACAAAUCUUACGGAAUCUUUAUGGCCGUCAUGAGCGGAUGCUUUGGCGCUUCAGGAAGCUUUCCACUUCUUUGGGAUCAUGUCAUUGAUACGACUGAUCAUGUGACUGUUCCUCGCAUCUUCUACUUGUGGAGUGUUCUUUUUGCUUGCAUAAGUGUGCCCAAGUUCUUAUUCUUCACACCCUGGAAGAUGCCAAAAGUUAUCGGGCUAGAUUACUGUAUUUUUCAAAACACUUGGAUUCGAAAAUGUCGAGCAUCGCUUGAAGAAGAAACUCAGGAUGCUGGAAGCAAGCAAAAUCAGUUUAAAGAAACACUUGCCAUUUUUAAAGAUAUGAAGAUUUAUUUGUUGUUCGUUGGCUACGGAGUCUUCAUGCUCAGAAUUCAGAGUAGCAUUGCAUGGAUGAGUGGUGGCUGGCCCGAAUGGGUGAAGAAAGGAGACCCAGACGUCACCCAAGCCGAGAUAGAAGACUUUAUAACUUCCAUCAAUAGACUUUAUAGCGUUUCAGGAAUCUCGCUUAUUCUGCUCAAUAUUAUUCCCGGCUUUAUACUCGACUAUUCAAAAAAUCACUCAAAGACGAUCGGGGUUGGCCUCUUCAAAGGAUAUUGCGUUUUAAUGACAGCUUCCUUUAUUUUCAAUACUGCAGCGAGCAUUAUGCAAGGAUUUCAAAAUACGACGAUCGCGUACGUUUCGGUGUUCAUGAAUCUGAUUGGUAAAAGCUUCGGUAUCAGUUGGAGUCCUGCAUGGCUUUAUAUUUUCUCACCUCAAUUGUAUGGCUCUGUUCUUGGAUUCUUCACACUCAUUGGCGUUCUUUUUGGUCUUAUAAACCAGCCGAUGUACAAUUUUUGCAUGAACAAUGACGAUUUUGCGACGAUGAAUUUUGUUCAAGCUGGACUUGGGAUAACGAUAUUUCUUUUGCCAAUUGUUUUGAAAAUACGGAAUAAUGAAGAAAAGAAAUCGAGAAGAAAAUCAUACGACAAAUCUGCUCCGAAUGAAAUAUUUGACAACAUAGAAGACAAAUCAGAAACUAUCUUCUGA